ACUGUUUACACGUGUGCUCAGUUUCUUAAUUGGAAAAAGUCGCGUUUAUAGUUGACUGUUACGUACAAUUUAUUAAUAUUCGGUUAGAUACGAUACAAUUUCAAGACAUUUAUUAAUAUAUUGGACUCAGUGAAUAAAGGGAAAGACUUAGUGAGUGAAAAUACUAUUCGUAAUUGCAUUUAUUUGUUCGAUGAUUCCUGACCUACGACAACCCGCGCCGCGAUCGCUUCUAAUUAGUCACCGCUGCACUGGCUAGCUAUCGCUUGCAUGUUAUUGCAAUUUUAACUCAAAUUGCUGCGUCAAACGUACUGUUUUUGUAAUUACAAAAUUUUUUUCUAUCAUGCCACUAAAUUGCGUCGCUUGUAGCUCUCCACUCGAAUCAAAGGAGUUAAUAAAAUGUUCACUUUGCGCGUCAACUUAUCAUUACUUAUGUAUAAAUAUGACGAAAGAAAACUAUAGUAAACUAUCUGUUUCUUAUAAAUCAAACUGGAAAUGCCCUACCUGCAAAGUGGUGACUAAAAGAGGACCGCAAAAUACAGAUAGUACGCCAGUUAAAGGAGCAGAUCCUGUUAGUUCAGCGGAGUGUAACGUCAACAAGUUAACCCAGGACUUCCAGAUAUUCAAAGAUGACAUAUUGAAGAGUUUAUGUAAGUCUCAGGAAGAACAAAAGCGUGCCUUACUAAGCCUAUUUGAUGAAAAAUUCAAAGACAUUCAGCAAUCACUCGAUUUCUUGUCAUCUACAUAUGACCUAGUAAAACAGGACCUGGAAGUGGCAAAAAAUGAUACGCAUCUGCUAAAAAAGGAAAAUGAAGAACUUCGUUCUGACGUGAAAAUAUUAAAAUCACGUUUGUCUUUGUUUGAGAAGGAAUCUAGAGCCUGUAACCUAGAAAUCCAUUGCGUUCCCGAGCACCGAAAUGAAAAUCUAAUAAACGUUAUCGAGCAGAUAGGUAGAAUAACUGGCAGCCCUAUAAAAGAUGGUCAGAUUUUAAAAUGUACCCGGAUUGCCAAAUAUAAUAAGGAGUCUCCUAGGCCAAGAUCCGUUUUAGUAAAGUUCUUUAGCCCGUUGAUUAGAGAUAAUUUCUACGCAAACAUAUUAACCUUCAACAAAAGUAAAAGCAAUGAUGAAAAAUUAAACACUUCACACCUUGGCCUGGCUGGCGAAAAGCGUGGAAUCUAUAUUAUGGAACACCUAAGCCCUGAAGCAAAGGCACUGCAAGCGCAGGCUAGGAAGUUCAAGAAGGAAAAUAGUUGGCAAUUUGUAUGGUCGCGUAAUGGAAAUAUUUUCUUAAGAAAAAAUAUCUCAAGUGAUGUUGUUUACGUUAAAAAUGAAGAGGUCUUUCGUCACUUAUUGUAGAUUU